AUGGCCGGCUCGGCCAGCCCACCGGUGCGAGACGUACGAGACGAGGACUGGGUCACGCUCGGGGGGGACGAGCUCGCGGACGUGUACGCCCUCCCCGCCGAGGACUACGCUGGCGGCGAGCGCGAGCAGCUCUCCUCGGCGCUCGGCCGGCUCCUCGGCCUGCUGCAGGCCGAGGAUGAGCCCUCGCAAUCGCGAGCGCUGCGGCGAGCGCCUCACUACGCCUUGCCGGACGUGGAGCGCUGGCGGACGCGCACCGAGGAGCUCGAGCUGCUUCGCGAUGUGGUUGUCAUCCACACCUCGCCCGACGGCAGCCGCGGCGCGCUCUGCGAGUACCAAAACGGCGGCCGGCGUGCCGGGCUCGAGUCGUUGCGCCGCGCCCUGGUCGGCGGCCGCUCGCGCCGGCUGACCUCGCCCAUCGCGCGCACUGGGCCUCUCGCUGCGCUGCUGCGGCCGCUGCUGCGCACUUCCGGCUCCGCAAGCGGCGUGGCGCACGGCUCGCGCCCCCUCACCGCCGGCGCCGCUCUGCUGGGCGGCGGCUUUGGACUUGCCACUCUUGGCCCAGUCGGAGGGACGGCGCUCGCUGGUGCCGGAGCCGCCGCAGCGUACGUCGCGUCGAGCCGAUCCCGCGAGUCGGGCGUGUUUGGUGGCAGCGCCACGGCCGACGACGUCGCCGUGCGCGUCGCUGCUUUGGCAGCGGCGCAUCCCCCCCCGGAGGUGGACAGGCUCGGGCUUCAGAUCCGCAUCGUCAGCGCCGACUCUGUCGAGGCGACUCUGCACUUCGCGCCGGCGGUCACUGCCAGCUGA